GCUAGCAGAUGGCGCAGUAAAUAAAAAGAUUUAGCAGGCCCAAAUCUGGACGCUAGGUUAAGUCCCAACAGCCAAAUUCGAUGUGGGACAGCACUGCAGGUGACUGUAGUAAGUUGGAGUGACAAAAACGCAAAGUCAGGGUGAGGUGUGUGUGUGUGACAGGGAGAGAGAAAGAGAGAGAGGAAGAGCAGAAACGCGACUCGCCGCCCCACGUCCCACAAACCUACCGUAAGAUUGUACCCACCGCUAGCACGUUAAAUAGCGAGCUAAAAUGCUUUCCGUUACAGCCUCUCUCACCAAAAGCACCCGUGUCGUCCAGAGCGUGAGGCUGCUACACGUCUCUUCUGUCGCCAAGAUGCCAAUUAAGGUUGGUGAACAGCUCCCCGCAGUCGAGGUCCAGGAGGGGGAGCCAGGAAAUAAAGUGGCAAUGGAUCAGCUCUUUAAGGGGAAGAAAGGAGUCCUCUUUGCUGUACCUGGAGCGUUUACACCUGGUUGUUCCAAGACUCACCUCCCAGGUUUUGUGCAGCAGGCUGCGGACUUGAAGAGUAAAGGUAUACAGGAGGUGGCAUGUGUUUCUGUCAAUGAUGCGUUCGUCAUGGCUGCGUGGGGAAAGGAGCACGGAGCCGAUGGGAAGGUUCGAAUGCUGGCUGAUCCUACUGGAGCAUUUACAAAGGCAGUUGACCUGUUACUUGACAGUGAUCAGAUUGUGCAGGUACUUGGGAAUAAGCGAUCUAAGAGAUAUUCUAUGUUGGUGGAAGAUGGAGUUGUGAAGAAGAUCAACGUGGAGCCUGAUGGCACCGGUCUGACCUGCAGCCUGGCCUCCAAUAUUCUGUCUGAGCUGUAGGCUUAUUCAGAGCUGAACAAACCCAACUGCAAACCCGAGUUAUUGUAAAAGUUGCACUAACACACCCGGUCCCGACUCCUUCACGCUUCCUCCUUUUCCCAAAGAUGGAUGCAAGUGUCAUGUAGAUGCUAGUGUCAUAAAACACAGCUGGAAGGUAAUUAAUGCGCACAACUAUGACAUGAACGGCACUCUAAAGGAACUUGCACCAACCUCUGUGUACUGUUAUUUGUGAGUAAAUAAAAUCAUCCCUGAAAGCAAUAA